CAUUCAAAAUGGCGUGGCGCAUGGUAUGGGAAGGUGCGCUACGGGCAGGGGCGGAUUUAGGGGUCAGUCAUGUCAGGGGAUUUGGAACUGCAGCUACUUUAUGUCGCCGGACUGCCCCAUUGGGUCCAAUGCCAAAUCAAGACAUUGAUUAUAAGAACUUGGAGUCACUGGAGAAAUAUCGCAGUUACACACGCUAUCUAAAGGAAGUUGAGAAGGCCAACAACAAGACGCCCUGGUGGAAGACAUACAGACAGUACCUUGACAAGGAAAAUGGUGAGAAUGAUCUUCAGCUGGUUAACAUCGGGCUACCCCACGACCAACCCUCCCGCAUGGAAGAGGCAAGGGAAAGGAAGAGGCUAACGAAGGAGAAUCGAAAGAACCCAGAGCUGGAGAGGGCCAUGCGCUUGCAAACCUUUCGUAUCCCUCUGGACCGGGUAAAGGCAGAGUGGGAAAGGACUAGUGGGCCUUAUCACCUGCACAGGCUGGCCAAUCAUUUUGGCAUCUACAAGGACCUCUUCCCAGGGGCCUACUUCAUACCAAGAGUCAUGCUGCGCAUUGGGUACGGUGAUGAUGCCGGUGGACAAGUACAUUACGGGAAUCAUGUUACACCCUCACAGGCUCUGUCUGCUCCUCGUGUGAGCUUUGAAGCAGAGGAGGGCUCACUCUGGACCCUGCUGCUCACCAGCCCAGAUGAGCAUCUGCUGGACAGUGAAGGGGAGUAUGUGCAUUGGCUGGUAGGGAAUAUCCCAGGAAAUGCAGUGCAGUCAGGAGAGGAGGUGUGCCACUACAUACCACCAUUCCCUGCCAAGGGUACAGGCUUCCACAGACUGGUCUUCAUCCUAUUUAAACAAGAUGCACCUGUUGACUUUGAGCAUGAACGUAGGCUCUCGCCCUGCUACAGUCUGAAGCAGCGCACAUUCAAGACAGUGGAGUUCUACAGGAAGCACCAGGACCUGAUAACCCCUGCUGGCCUGGCUUUCUUCCAGUGUCAAUGGGAUGAGUCAGUGACUAACAUCUUCCACAAUCUGCUCAACAUGAAAGAACCCGUGUUUGAGUUUGAGCGGCCUCCUGUGUAUCACCCUCCUCAGAAGAAGUAUCCCCAUGGACAGCCCUUGCGCUACCUGGACAGGUACAGAGAUGGACACAAGCCCACCUAUGGCAUCUACUGACCUCAUUUCACCUCAGCUGAGCUGG